UUGAGCCGCGCGGGUCGGCACCAAAACUGCACCUUUCGUGCCACGGCACGACGCCCGCCCUCGGACACCUUUGUUCUUUUCCACUACGCCCCCGCGGGCCGCGGAAGGCAAGACGAACCCUGCGCCUCGGCUCGGGCGCCACGCCACAUGGACCUCAAGGAGCGGAUCCGCCGCUCGCCGCCGCCGCCGGACUCGGCGUCCCCGCCCGGGACACGCGGGAGGAAGAGCCGGGCGGCAGUGCUGCCCCUGUCCGUCGCGGCCAUCGUGGCGUGCGGGGUCCUGCUGUUGCUGCUCGCGGGCGGCUCUGCGGCGAGGAGAGGCCAGUUCCUCGACGCGGAUCCCACCGGGGUCUCCGCCGGCCGCGGUGGUCUGCACCAAGCCCGACCGCGCAAUGGGGAACAUCGAACUUCAGUGUCUUUCAAAGUUAAAAAGGACACACUAAUUGGUGGCUUGUUAGCUCCUGGUUUCGAUGAGCAGUCAUGUCUAAGUAGAUACCAAUCACUACUGUAUCGUAAAGAAUCGCCCCAUUUACCAUCUACGUACCUUCUAGAAAGACUAAGGGAGCAGGAAGCUCUUCAGAAGAAAUGUGGCCCACAUACAGAGUUAUACAAGAAAGCUGUUGAGCAGCUAAAGACUGGUCAGGAUAUUAAGGUUGUGGAUUGCAACUAUUUGGUCUGGGUAUCUUAUAGUGGUCUUGGGAACAGGAUCUUAACUAUUGCCUCAGCAUUUCUCUAUGCCAUCCUUACAAACAGAGUUUUACUUCUUGAUGGAGCUAAAGGCACUGCAGAUCUUUUCUGUGAACCAUUCCCUGAAACUUCAUGGUUAUUACCGUCGGAUUUCCCUAUUAAGCAGUUUAGGAACUUCAGCAUUGGUUCUCCUGAGAGCUAUGGAAACAUGCUGAAAACUGAAGUUAUUCGUUCUGAUGGUUCUUUCAAGGAUCCUAGUUCUGCCUUUCUUUAUCUUCAUCUGGCUCAUGACUAUGAUGAUUACGAUAAGCUUUUUUUCUGUGAAGAUAACCAGCAAUAUCUUCAGAGGAUCCCAUGGCUGAUCUUAAGAUCUGAUAAUUACUUUGUACCUUCAAUUUUCCUGAACCCAGCAUAUCAAGAGGAACUCAUGAGGCUUUUUCCUCAGAAAGAUGCUGUUUUCCAUCACUUGGGACGUUACUUAUUCCACCCUACCAAUGUUGUCUGGGGCUUGAUCACAAGGUACUAUGAUUCUUAUCUGGCCAAAGCUGACGAAAAGUUGGGUAUCCAGAUCAGAGUCUUCGAUACUGAAACCGGUCCGUUUCAGCAUGUCUUGGAUCAGGUCCUUGCAUGCACAUUGAAGGAAAAACUGUUGCCAGAGAUUAAUGCUCAGCAGCCAAUUGUCUCAACAAGGAGUAUUAGGUCGAAAGUUGUUCUGAUUACUUCUUUAAACUCAGGAUACUACGAAAAAAUCAGGAAUAUGUACUGGGAACAUCCAACGAUAAAUGGGGAGAUAAUUAGCUUCCACCAACCAAGUCAAGAGGAACAUCAGAAUUCAGACAAGAAGAUGCAUAACGUGAAAGCAUGGGCCGAGAUUUAUCUGCUAAGCUUAUCUGAUGUUAUGGUAACGAGUGCAUGGUCAACUUUCGGGUACGUUGCCCAGGGAUUGAGUGGUUUGAAGCCAUGGCUUAUGUUCAAGCCUGAAAACCGCACUGCACCCGAUCCACCUUGCCGUCAAGUUUUGUCCAUGGAACCUUGCUUUCAUGCUCCACCUUUCUACGAUUGCAAAUCUAGGAGGGGAACUGAUACGGGAAAGCUUGUUCCUCAUGUAAGACAUUGUGAAGAUAUGAGCUGGGGGCUCAAGCUAGUUGAUAAGAACGAAUGGUAGAUGUAGUGUUUUUUCUUUGUUUAAUUUAUAUAUGUACAGUACAAGCCAGUACUUUCUGCUAUGCAUUUUUCAGUUAUAGUUUCAACUUUGUAUCUAUAUUGUAAGCAAGGUUUUCUGACUUAGUUAAUAUGGAAGAGAUGGCACAGAAUGCUGCAUUUUAUGGUUAAGUAUAAUCUCAGUGCAACUAUAACAUUUAUGCCCCUUCA